ACAUGAGUGUUGUACUUGACGCAACGCGACGUGAAGUGGAAUCAUUCAGACUGUGAACCGAACACAGUGCUACUCCUCAUUGACUUCCACUCGUCACCAACCGAACCAAGGCAGCUUAAUACGUCUUUUCAAUCAUCAUGUCUAAAGGAACAGUGGUUCUAGCCUACAGCGGUGGACUGGACACAUCCUGCAUACUGGUGUGGCUCAAGGAACAGGGCUACGAUGUCAUCACAUACUUGGCCAAUAUUGGACAAGAUGAAGAUUUUGAAGCAGCCCGAAAAAAAGCAGAAAGUCUCGGGGCUAAGAAGGUUUUUAUUGAGGAUCUGCGCAGAGAUUUUGUUGAGGACUUCAUCUGGCCUGCAGUUCAAGCGAAUGCAGUCUAUGAAGACCGGUAUCUACUGGGCACUGCAAUAGCAAGGCCCUGUAUUGCCCGCCGUCAGGUUGAGAUUGCCCGCAAGGAGGGAGCCCAGUUUGUCUCCCAUGGAGCUACUGGAAAGGGAAAUGACCAGAUUCGCUUUGAGCUUACAUGCUACGCCCUGUACCCCGAGGUCAAGAUCAUUGCACCAUGGAGAAUCCCUGAGUUUUAUAAUCGCUUCAGGGGGAGAACAGAUCUGAUGGAAUAUGCACAGAAACAUGGCAUACCAGUGCCCGUCACUCCUCGAGCACCCUGGAGCAUGGAUGCAAAUCUGAUGCACAUAAGCUAUGAGUCUGGCAUCCUGGAGAAUCCCAAGAGUCAUGCUCCUGCUGACCUCUACCUGAUGACCAAAAACCCAGAAGAUUCUCCCAAUGCCCCUGACUUGCUGGAGAUAGAGUUCAAAAACGGAGUGCCUGUCAAGGUGAUCAAUGAGAAGGAGGGAAAAUCCAAAGAUACCCCACUGGAAAUUUUCUCAUACCUUAAUGAGAUAGGAGGAAAGCACGGUGUGGGCCGGAUUGACAUUGUAGAAAACCGAUUCAUUGGCAUGAAGUCCCGAGGGAUAUAUGAAACUCCUGGGGGUACAGUUCUGCUGAAGGCCCAUUUAGACAUUGAGACUUUUACCAUGGACAAAGAGGUUCGCAGAAUCAAACAGGGACUUGGUAUCAAGUUCUCUGAACUUGUCUACAAUGGUUUCUGGUGUAGUCCAGAGUGUGAUUUUGUGCGACACUGCAUUGCCAAGUCUCAGGAGAAUGUGGAGGGCAAAGUACAGCUGUCUGUCUUCAAGGGUCAGGUCUACAUCCUGGGACGCGAGUCACCCAAGUCUCUGUACAAUGAGGAGCUGGUCAGCAUGGAUGUGCAGGGAGACUACGACCCAUGUGAUGCCUCUGGAUUCAUCAGGAUUAACGCUGUCAGGUUAAGGGAAUGUAACCGUUUGCAGGGAUUCUCCAGCACCAAGCAGUAAUCGUUGCAGUGAUGGGAAUCAGCUUCUUUUCUUCCUUUCUCUCCGCUGUGUCUUAAACUGUAGCAGGUUGAAACAUUGUACCUCUGUUGUCUACCCACUGCCUUACUGUUCUUACUGUUCAUUAGUUUUAGCAUAAGGACACAGCAAGCACACCAAGUUCAUAUUGUUAAACUCUUCUACAAGUGAUGACAUAAAAAGAUGAGACAGUAAAUAUAAAACUUGUCAUAUCAUAAUAGGAAAGUACUUUGAAUCAAGUCUGUAGAUGUUCUGAAAUAUAUUGUGUAUGAACACUUAUUAAAGACAUUUCUUAUGUCUCAUUCGUGGCUGCUAUUG